CUUUGUUUUGGGCAACAUGGACGAGGCCGAGAUCGAGUCGCUCGAGGUCAUGGCGGGGUUCCUGUCGGGACUGCACGAGACCAACUCCCUUCUGAAUUCAUUGAACAAGCAAGUCCUAGCGCUGUCCCAGGAACUCGCCACCGCCGAGCGCAACCUGAGCGCGUUGUCCAUUCCGUUCCGAUCGACUAUGUACGAGAUCGCCAUGCGUGAGGAAAAAUCCGUCCGGCCAGCAUUCACCACAAACUCACCGAGGUUUCCAGUGACAUCAUAGAGGAACACCCUGGAUGCAAAGCUGUAAGAAUCGAGCGUUCGAACACUA